UUCACUCAUUCGUUCAACAAACCCGGGCCCCGGAGACAUAUAUCAGGCGUGUGUGGGAGGGGCGCAGGGCAUACCCCAAACAACCUCGCCCAGUCCUGCAACUCGAGGGCCCCUGGAGGCAAAACAACCACGCACCCAAAUUCCUGGCGCGCUUGGCCCCAGCCUUAGGAGGGGCUGCUGGCUCCAUUUCGCCGAGGGUGAAACUGAGGCCGGCGAUCUCCGCGCCUGAAGGCGGCGUGGCGGAGAGAGGUCCACGCUCCGCGUUCGCACGCGCUACGCCCCAUGCCCCGCACCCGAGUCGCGAGCGCCCCCGAGCGUCCCCCAACGACGCGCACCGGCCGCAGUCCGAACCGGGGUCUCUGCCCCUCCCCGGGGCGGUGGUCCGCUGACGUCACAGCUGCUUUAAGACCCCCGCCUCCGCCCCCAGCCCCACACUCGGCCGGCUCCUUCGAAUCCCUGAGGACUCCGCAACAGGCUUGUGCCCACCACCCCUCGCCAUGGCCUCGGCUGGUCUGCAAAUCCUGGGCAUCGUCCUGGCACUGCUGGGCUGGGUCAUCGCUCUGGUGUCGUGCGCCCUGCCCCUGUGGAAGGUGACCGCCUUCAUCGGCAACAGCAUCGUGGUGGCGCAGGUGAUGUGGGAGGGGCUGUGGAUGUCGUGCGUGGUGCAGAGCACCGGGCAGAUGCAGUGCAAGGUGUACGACUCGCUGCUGGCGCUGCCGCAGGAACUGCAGGCGGCCCGCGCGCUCUGCGUCGUGGCGCUGCUGCUGGCCCUGCUCGCCCUGCUGGUCUACGUGGCCGGCGCCAAGUGCACCACGUGCGUGGAGGACAAGGACUCCAAGGCCCGCCUGGUGCUCUCGUCCGGAGCCGUCUUCGUCUUCUCCGGCAUCCUGGUGCUCAUCCCCGUGUGCUGGACGGCCCACGCCAUCAUCCGGGACUUCUACAACCCCCUGGUGGUGGAGGCGCAGAAGCGGGAGCUGGGGGCCUCUCUCUACCUGGGCUGGGCGGCGUCGGGGCUGCUGCUGCUGGGCGGGGGGCUGCUCUGCUGCACCUGCCCCUCGGGGGCGCCCCGAGGCUCCAGCCACUACAUGGCCCGCUACUCGGCCUCGGCCCCGCGCGGCCCCGCCCAGGGGCCCUCUGAGUACCCCACCAAGAAUUACGUGUGAUGCGCGUGGGAGCGGGCCCCCAGCCCCCCUGAGCACCGGUGUUGAGAAGCUUUGGCAUUUCCAGUUUUUGUUUUAAAGCGAGGGGGGUUAAGCAUUCAUCUCGUGACCAGACCGAGAGAAAGGCGGGCGCCCCCACCCCACCUGAGCCGCCGGGUUUCACCUUUGCACGGAGCUGGAGCCAGAGAGAUGAUGCGGAGCUUCUGGAUCUUUCUCCACCUGGACAUCCCCACCUUGAGGCCAACCUGGAACUGUGGGCCAAGCUAGACGGUGCCUGAGGCACUUGGAUGGUCUGUACCUGAACUGCCUGGGGGGCCCCCCGGGCUUGUUCCAACAAGCCCCCUGCUUCUCAGGCCUCUGCACCUCCUGGAGACGGUCUCUGAAGGGUCCCGGACUAAAGUUCCCAAGAGCACCUCUGCCCUGCCCCCCCCCCCAUGUACACGGCUCAG